ACGAGAGGUUUCGUGAGGUGGACAGACCUUACAGCAAGAAGACUCCACUUGACCAUAGACAUGACUUUUUUUUCCCCUCUCUGUGCAGAUGCAUAAUUGGCUCUCCUGGGACCCUCGUGGUAUGCUAGUGUCCAGAACAUACUAAGGCAUGGCGGAGAAGAUGCCCUUGCCACCUGCAGGCUUGGGCUUCAGGCUACUGGCUGCUUUGCCCUGCUGAGCCUCUGGGUCCAGAGCUCCGGACAGCACCUGCUUGACCUGCUUGGCUGAGGUUACCCUGGAUCACUGUCAGCAAUGGUGAAGAACUGGAUUCCACAGGCUCACAACCUUCGAAUCCGGUUUCAGGGGCCAGCAUCCUUCAUCCUAGGACUGGCAGCCCUGAACAAUGGCUGAGGGCCAGAGAACCCCAUAGAAUCGCACCACAGCUUCUGGGGCCAGCAGACUCCAGUGCCUGUGGACUAUGACCACCUAUCGGCCCCUUCCCAAUGAUGGUGUGGACCUGGCACCAAGCUGUGGGGCCAGGGGCGCUGAUGUCCUCCCUGGGCCACACACAGGGGACUACACUCCCAUGGGCUUCUGGGCCCAGAACGGCAGCAUGGCCCAGCCUCUUGGUGAGAGCCCGGUCACCACCACCGCCACCACCACUCGCCCCAGCCCCACCACCCCUGCCAUGCCCAAGAUGGGCGUGCGUGCACGUGUGGCCGACUGGCCACCCAAGCGAGAGGCCCUAAGAGAGCAGAGCAACCCGAGCCCCUCACAGGACGCAGAUGGUGCCAAGGCCACCAAGAUGGCCCAUUCCUUGAGGAGCAUGCAGAACGGACAGCCCCCCGCCAGCAUCCCGGCUGCCUCAGGGUCCAAAGCCUUUCACCGACUGUCCAGGAGAAGGUCCAAAGAUGUGGAAUUCCAAGACGGGUGGCCGCGGUCCCCGGGCCGGGCCUUCCUCCCGCUGCGGCAUCGGAGCAGCAGCGAGAUUACCCUGAGCGAGUGUGACGCUGAGGACCCGGCGGAGCCCCGGGGCGCGCGGCUGGCGGGGGCGCUGCCGCUCUUCCGCGAGUAUGGCAGCACAUCCUCCAUCGACGUGCAGGCAGUGCCUGAGCAGAGCUUCUUUGACAUCCUCAAUGAGUUCCGCAGCGAGCAGCCCGACGCGCCGGGCUCCUGCAGCCUCAACGAGCUCCUGCGACCUGAGCCGGGCUCGCACCUGCCUGGGGGCGGCCGUGGAGCCAAGUGUGAUCCCCGGCGUGGGCAGCCGUCCCAGGAUGGCCUCCUGCCACUGCAGCCUCUGAAGGACAAGGACAAGGGCCGCAAGAAGGGCGGGCGCGGCACAGGCAUGGACGCUGUAGACGCGUCCAUCUUCCGGAAGCUGCGCGGCGGGAAGGCCGAGGGGGAGGUGGGCCGGGCGCCCGGAGAGGGCGAGGAGGGCCGCACUGCGCCCGAGCCCGGUCGCCCAUGGGUGUGUCAGAAGAGCUUCGCCCACUUCGAUGUGCAGAGCAUGCUGUUCGACCUCAACGAGGCGGCUGCCAACAGGGGCUCCGUGGCCCAGCGGCGCAACACCACCACCGGGGCCUCGGCCGCCUCUGCCGCCUCGGCCAUGGCGUCGCUCACCACAUCGCGGGCCCACAGUCUGGGCGGCCUGGACCCCGCCUUCACCAGCACGGAGGAUCUGAACUGCAAGGAGAACCUGGAGCAGGACCUUGGCGACGACAACAGCAAUGAGCUGCUGCUCAGCUGCCCGCACUUCCGCAACGAGAUCGGUGGGGAGCGCGAGCGCAACGUGAGCUUCUCCCGGGCCUCGGCUGGCUCCCCAGGCGGUGGCGGUGGCGGUGGUGGUGGUGGUGGCGACGCGCCCCUGGCUGAGCCCACGCUCAGCGCACUCCGCACCAACGCCAGCAUCUCGGUGCUGGAGGUGCCCAAGGAACAGCAGAGGACGCAGAGCCGGCCGCGGCAGUACCACAUCGAGCACGUGGACCUGGGCGCCCGCUACUACCAGGACUACUUCGUGGGCAAAGAGCAUGCCAAUUACUUCGGUGUGGACGAGAAGCUGGGGCCAGUGGCCGUGAGCAUCAAGCGGGAGAAGCUGGAAGACCACAAGGACCAUGGACCUCAGUACCAGUACCGGAUUAUCUUCCGGACCCGAGAGCUCAUCACCCUGCGGGGCUCCAUCCUCGAGGACGCCACACCCACAGCCACCAAGCAUGGCACUGGGCGGGGCCUGCCCCUGAAGGACGCGCUGGAGUACGUUGUCCCAGAGCUCAACAUCCACUGUCUCCGACUGGCUCUCAACACUCCCAAGGUGACAGAGCAGCUGCUGAAACUCGAUGAGCAAGGGCUGUGCCGCAAGCACAAGGUUGGCAUCCUCUACUGCAAGACGGGCCAGAGCUCCGAGGAGGAGAUGUACAACAACGAGGAGGCCGGCCCCGCCUUUGAGGAGUUCCUCGCCCUUCUGGGCGAGAAGGUCUGUCUGAAGGGCUUCACCAAGUACGCCGCCCAGCUGGAUGUCAAAACUGAUUCCACGGGGACCCACUCCCUCUACACGACGUACCAGGACUAUGAGAUCAUGUUCCAUGUCUCCACCCUGCUCCCGUACACCCCCAACAACAGACAGCAGCUACUGAGGAAGAGGCACAUAGGGAACGACAUCGUGACGAUCAUCUUCCAGGAGCCCGGAGCACUGCCCUUUACCCCCAAGAACAUCCGCUCACACUUUCAGCACGUCUUCAUCAUCGUCCGAGUCCACAACCCCUGCACUGAAAAUGUCUGCUACAGCAUGGCUGUGACCCGAUCCAAAGAUGCUCCUCCUUUCGGCCCCCCCAUCCCCAGUGGAACCACAUUCCGCAAAUCUGACGUUUUCAGAGACUUCUUGCUGGCCAAGGUGAUCAACGCUGAGAAUGCUGCACACAAAUCUGACAAGUUCCAUACCAUGGCCACCAGGACCCGCCAGGAGUACCUCAAGGACCUGGCAGAAAACUGUGUCUCCAACACCCCCAUCGACUCUUCGGGCAAGUUCAACCUCAUCUCCCUGACCUCCAAGAAGAAGGAGAAGACAAAGGCUCGGGUGGGCGCGGAGCAGCACAGUGCUGGGGCCAUCGCCUGGCGGGUGGCAGCUCAGGACUAUGCCCGGGGGGUAGAAAUCGAGUGCAUUUUGGGAAUCUCCAAUGAAUUUGUGGUGCUCCUGGACCUGCGCACCAAGGAGGUGGUGUUCAACUGCGCCUGCGGGGAUGUCAUUGGCUGGACCCCAGAUGCCUCAACGCUGAAGAUCUUCUACGGCCAAGGGGACCACGUCUUCCUCCAGGCUGCAGAGGGCUCUGCAGAGCACAUAAGGGAAAUUGUCCAGAGGCUGAAGGUGAUGACCAACGGCUGGGAGACAGUGGACAUGACCCUCCGGCGGAAUGGACUUGGGCAGCUGGGCUUCCACGUGAAGUACGAUGGGACGGUGGCUGAGGUGGAGGACUAUGGGUUUGCCUGGCAGGCUGGCCUCCGGCAAGGCAGCCGGCUGGUGGAGAUCUGCAAGGUGGCCGUGGUCACUCUGACCCAUGAUCAGAUGAUUGACCUGCUGCGCACCUCUGUCACUGUGAAGGUGGUCAUCAUUCCACCUUUCGACGAUGGCACACCCCGAAGGGGGUGGCCAGAGACCUAUGACAUGAAUACCUCGGAGCCCAAAACCGAGCCAGAAAGCACCACUCCCGGGGGCCGGCCCCCCUACCGCAGCAACGCACCCUGGCAGUGGAGUGGGCCUGCGUCCCACAACUCCCUGCCAGCUUCCAAGUGGAACACCCCAGCAAACCCUGGCCAUGCCCAGUCCCUGAGCCGGCCCCCGAAGCAGACCCCCAUGGUCCCCUUCCGGGAGUCCCAGCCACUGCACAGCAAGAGGCCUGUUAGCUUCCCAGAAACCCCUUUCACAGCAUCACCAGCAGGGGCCGACAGAGUCCCUCCCUACCGACAGCCUUCUGGGAGCUUCUCCACCCCAGGCUCAGCCACCUACACCAGAUACAAGCCAUCCCCAGAAAGGUAUGCAGCUGCCCCACAUCCACUGCUGUCUUUUGAUCCGCACUUCAGCCAUGAUGGGAUGUCCAGCGGUGACUCCUCCUCAGGCGGCCUGACCAGCCAGGAGAGCACCAUGGAGCGGCAGAAGCCAGAACCUUUGUGGCAUGUGCCUGCCCAGGCCCGACUCUCAGCCAUGGCGGGAAGCAGUGGGAGCAAGCACGCCUCCAGGCAGGAUGCAGCAGGCAAAGACUCCCCCAAUAGACAUUCCAAAGGCGAGCCUCAGUACUCGAGCCAUUCCAGCAGCAAUACUCUGUCCAGCAAUGCAUCCAGCAGCCACAGUGAUGACCGCUGGUUUGACCCUCUGGACCCCCUGGAGCCCGAGCAAGACCCCCUCUCCAAGGGUGGCUCCAGUGACAGUGGCAUCGACACUACACUCUACACCUCCAGUCCCAGCUGCAUGUCCCUGGCCAAAACACCACGGCCCACGAAGCCACACAAGCCCCCUGGAAGUAUGGGUCUGUGUGGUGGGGGUCGCGAGGCCACUGGGAGGUCCCACCACACAGACAGACGGCGCGAGAUCUCUCCAACCCCUGCAGUUACUGGCAAGGGCUACCGGCCAAAGCUGUACUCCUCAGGUGCCAGCACCCCCACAGGCCUGGCUGGGGGCAGCCGUGACCCACCAAGGCAGCCCAGUGACAUGGGCUCCAGGGCUGGCUACCCUGCUCAGGUUUACAAAACCACCAGUGCAGAGACUCCUCGGGCCUCUCAGCUGGCCCAGUCCAGCCCCUUCCAGCUCUCCACCUCUGUCCCCAAGUCCUUCUUCUCCAAGCAGCCUGUGCGCAAUAAGCACCCAACGGGGUGGAAGAGAACAGACGAGCCCCCACAGCGGCCGCUCCCCUUUGCUGACCCCAAGAAGCAGGUGGACACCAACACGAAAAACGUCUUUGGGCAGCCACGGUUGAGGGCAUCCCUGCGAGACCUCCGGUCCCCACGGAAGAACUACAAGUCCACCAUCGAGGAUGACCUGAAGAAACUCAUCAUCAUGGACAAUCUGGGACCGGAGCAAGAGAGGGACACAGGGCAGUCCCCCCAGAAGAGCCUGCAGCGGACACUGUCAGACGAGAGCCUGUGCAGUGGACGCCGAGAGCCCAGUUUUGCCAGCCCUGCCAGCCUAGAGCCAGGCCUGCCCAGCGACGUCCUCUUUACCAGCACCUGCUCCUUCCCCUCCAGCACACUGCCUGCCCGCCGCCAGCACCAGCACGCCCACCCGCACAGUGGAGGGGGCCCCAGCACCAUCCCAGAGAAGAAACCCACCAUCUCCACCUCGGAGCUGUCACUGGCCGACGGACGGGAGCGGCCCCUGCGGUGCCUCGACCCCGGGAUGAUACCACUGCCUGACACAGCUGCUGGCCUGGAGUGGUCCAGCCUGGUAAACGCAGCCAAGGCAUACGAAGUACAAAGAGCCGUCUCGCUCUUCUCUCUAAACGACCCAGCCCUGAGCCCAGACGUCCCACCUGCCCACAGUCCUGUGCACAGCCACUUGAGCCUGGAGCGGGGGCCCCCGACCCCCAGGACCACCCCUACCAUGAGUGAGGAGCCACCCCUGGAUCUGACGGGCAAGGUAUACCAACUGGAAGUGAUGCUGAAACAGCUGCACACAGACCUCCAGAAGGAGAAGCAGGACAAGGUGGUGCUGCAGUCCGAAGUGGCCAGCCUACGGCAGAACAACCAGCGGCUGCAAGAGGAGUCCCAGGCCGCCAGCGAGCAGCUGCGCAAGUUCGCUGAGCUCUUCAGCAGGGAGAAGAAGGAGCUCUGAGGCCGGCAGGGCAGCCCUGCACCACCACAGCCGCCCUCCGCUGCAGCGCAGGCUCCUGAUUCCUCUCUCCCUUGGGCCAGGACCCUGGCACCCACCGCUCCACGGCCUUCUGUGGGAAUUUGAAGCCCCAGCUGGCAGAAGCCAACUCUGCUCCUGUCUCGGGGCCCAUGAGCUGCCCUUGGGCCACUGAACCUCUUCCUGGACUCAGCACCCAGCAACUGGAGCUGUGGGAAACUGGGAGGGCCAAGGGGAGCCCACUGCAUGAAAUACACUGGGCAACCAGAAAAGAACCCUUUCUUCCCCCAUGUUCCAGAAAGGUGACAGACUAGAGCUCCUCGGUCCUCAGCGUGCUAGCUCCAAACAGCAUGGACAGUGUCACCCCCACACAUACACAAAGCAGCCAGGAGCACUUUCGUAGGGUUUAAAUUAUUUUCUUGGGGUCGCAGGAUGAGAGGAGACCCCAGCAUCCAGAGUCCACUUUGAGAGAAGGUUUCUCCCAGAGUUUGAGAGAAACUAUUUGUACAAUCAGGACUGUUUGUACAAUCUUUUUCUAUCAGCACCUCUCCCGUCAGAGGCCACGACACCUGGGCUUGGGCCACAGGCCCUCCAUCUUCUAGCUACUGACCUGGCUGGUCCUCCCACCCUCUCUCCCCAACCCUGACCACCUCCAGGCUCUGAAGGUGCCCAAGGAACCCCGGCCAGGGCUGGGGAAAAGCAGCCUGGGCUCCUGUCUGCUUUCAUUUUCCUUUGCAAGUCUCCCCCGCAAGACGCGGUGGCCACCCAGACACUCACUGUGCUCCCUGGGAAGCACACACGGUGCGACCCACCCCCAGAGACACUGCUUCUCUAAAGGCAAUAAGGGCAGCUCAGUGUGGUACUACGCUGUUCACCCAGGAAACAUGAGUUCCUUUUUUCCUUCUUUAAAGACAAACAAAAAAAUCUCUCUAUAUAUAUAUAUUUAUUUUUUCAUGUAGAGUUGUGCCAGAACAAGUCUGGAUGGCCACAGUCUGUGGACUUCCCCCAACCUUAAGCUGAGGAUCGAGGUGUGUGUCCUGUGGGGGGGGGCAGUGGGAGGACCCAGAGGGACACAGUUAAGGUGGGUGGCAGGCUUUCCUUUCUGGAAAGACCAGGCAGGGAGGAGUUGCAGUGUGGGUUGGCUCAGAGCCAGACAGGCAGCCUGGACCCCCUCCUCUGUAGACCUGACUUUCUCUUUGGGUCCAGGAGCCUGAGGGGGGAAGGGGCUCUGGGUCAGUAUGCCAGGCUGCAGGCAGGGUUAAAGAAGAGGGUACCCAUCCUCUCCCCAUGAUCUGCCUCUGGCCAGGCAGGCCCUGCCAUCGCCAGCCCUGGUGGGAGACCAGGCCGUCCUCAGUCCUGGUCAACUACUGUGAUGGUCUCCCCCACCCUGUUCUGAAGGGUUCUCCACUCUCCCGCUCACACCCCUUUCCUCAGACCUAACCUGGAGCCUUUUUCUUUCUUUUUUUAUUUUUCUUUUCAAAGUGUCUCUUCUCAUAUCUUCAGAUCAUUCGAAUCAUUUUGGGGACCUAACCAUGUACAUUGACAAGCGUAAAUUAUGAGU